AUGUUGGAGAAACAGUUUGCAUUUCUCCUCGCCAGCGUGAGCAUCGUUCUGGGUAAUGGCCUUGUGCACAAGGGCUUUUCUCCUCAGAAAUUCACCGUCGAUCUCUCGGCUGGAGUUCCGAGAAUGAUGGAUCUGGUUAGAGAGACACGCCUACCGUCUAGUUCAGAGUUCUCCGGACUCGGCAAUUCAAGUGGCAUUGCUCUCGAUGUGUUAGAGAGUCUACGCACUCAAUGGUUGGAAAAUUUUAAUUGGGAUCAUGAGGAAGCGGCUUUGAACAAAUACAACCAUUUCACUGUCGAAAUUGAAGGGUUGACUAUUCACUACAUUCAUCAGCGAGCUUCUGACAAAAGCUCAAUCCCCCUUUUACUUAAUCAUGGCUGGCCGGGAUCAUUCUUAGAAUUCUUGCCUAUUGUUAAUAAUCUUACAGAAAAAAGCAAAACAUCCAAGGGGCAACCAGUCUCAUUUCAUGUGGUUAUUCCCUCGCUGCCAGGGUUCGCCUUCUCAUCGCAACCACCUGCAAACUGGACUACAGACGAUACAGCGCGUGUAUUCAACACUUUGAUGCGCGAAGUGCUGGGUUAUGAUCAAUUUGCCACCUUUGGAACAGAUUGGGGUUGUGCGCCGACCUACAGUCUCUAUGACAAUUUCAACACGUCAGUGCGAGCUGCGCAUCUUGCGUUCCUCCCAUUUUCUGCCCCUAGCUCCGCGGCGGACUUGGCCGCACUGAAUAUCACCUUAUCAUCUCCAUUGCAGCAAUUUGAAGAGCAAAGGUCUAUGGACUGGGCUACUUCCGGAAACGCCUACUUCUUAGAGCAGACUACAAAGCCCAAUACAAUCGGUCUGGCUCUUUUGGAUAAUCCUGUAGGCCAGUUGGCGUGGAUUGGUGAGAAGUACAUUUCAUGGUCAGAUCCAAAGGCGGGCACUAGUCCGUCUGUCCUAAACCACAACGAGAUUUUGUUGGCUGUGUCCUUGUACUACUUGACACGAACGUUUCUCUCAUCGGUAUACAUCUACUUCCAAAACUCAGAUGGUUUCAAAACAUCAUAUACAAAAGCGCAUACGGACGCGCCUUUACUCUUCAGUGCGUUCAAGUACAAUGUCGGCUUUUGGCCUGAACCUGUGGUCGCAAAGGUCGGCAAUUUGGUGAUGUAUAACAAUCAUGAUUUUGGUGGCCACUUUCCGGGCCUCGAUAAUCCUCCAGCACUUUUGCACGACUUAAGAGAAAUCGCAACCUAUUGGGAAUAG